UUUUUAUGCAAAUCCUCCAUAUAUAUAAACUAUAAAAUAUUGUGGUACAAUUACUACUCCAGAUUUCAAAACUUCUUUCUACCUACCUUUCUUCGGAAAGGGUUUGUUAAUAAUUGCAAAUAUCUCCAUAUUUACAAUAAACAUUUUGCUGCAACAACAAUGGAAGGAGCUGGGAGUAGUGAAUAUAGAAAAGCGUUUUGGACAGCGGCGGAAGAUAGAAUCUUGAUGGAUUACGUAAAGGCGCAUGGCAAAGGGAAGUGGAAUCGUGCAGCAAAAGGGACAGGCCUCAAGAGAUGUGGCAAAAGCUGCAGGUUGAGAUGGAUAAAUUAUCUAAGCCCUAGUGUUAAGCACGGGGGUUUCUCAGAGGAAGAAGAUGACCUUAUCAUCCGGCUCCAUAAGCUUCUUGGCAAUAGGUGGUCCUUAAUUGCUGGUCGGAUCCCGGGAAGAACAGAUAAUCAAGUGAAGAAUCAUUGGAACACUCAUUUAAGCAAAAAACUUGGAAUCAAGAAGAGAAAGUGUAAAAUUAGUGAUUCUUCGUCAAAACUCUCUGACAAAUUAGAGGCUAAUUUCCCUAAUAAAUUAAGUUCAAAUGAUGAAUCAAUUCCUUGUAAUAAUAACACUGAAAUUGAACUUCAAAAUGUGAUAGAAGGUAGUCAUGAGAAGGCAAAAGAAAUCAAUAGCACCCAUGAGCCAACAAUAAGGAAUGAUUGCUAUGAGAAUUUCUGGCUUUCUUAUGAUGAUCCAUAUCUAUGCAUUCCUAGCUUAAUGGAACUUUCAGACGAGUCUCUUGGUUUUUUUAUGCCAUGAAAUGUAAAGCUCCUUUUUUGUAUUUCGACAAAUCUCUUUUUAAUAAGAUAAUCUUUUUCCUAUUCU